CACCUCCGAGUGUUAUUCACUGCGCUUCCUCUCAGAAAACAUGGCCACUGAUUUCUCCAAGAACGCAGAGGAGAGCCCGGAGCCCUGUAAGGCAGAAGUAAAGGGGAGUAUUCCCAGCUGGCUGCAGGGCACACUGCUGCGCAAUGGCCCCGGCAUAUUUUCUGUGGGGGACACCAGCUACGACCACUGGUUUGAUGGGAUGGCUAUCAUGAACAGCUUCGCCAUUAAAGAUGGUGAAGUGACCCACAGAAGCAGAUAUCUAAGAAGUGACACCUACAAAUCUAACAUGACUGCAAACAGAAUAGUUGUAUCUGAAAUGGGGACAAUGGCGUACCCAGACCCAAGCAAGAAUUUUAUUUUCAAGGCGAUUACUUUUCUCAACCACACAGUGCCCGACUUUACUGACAACGGCGCCAGCAAUUUCAUGAAAUACGGGGAGGACUAUUACGCCACCUCUGAAACUAAUUACAUCCGCAAAAUUGAUCCUGUGACACUGGAAACUCAGGACAAGGUGGACUACCUGAAGUACCUGCCGGUAAACUUGGCUACGUCACAUCCACACUACGACAAAGAGGGCAACGCCUACAACUUUGGGACUUCAAUAGCAGAGAAGGGCAAGACGAAAUACCUACUGUUCAAAGUCCCUGCUUAUUCUAAGAAAGACAAAGGCAAGAAUGUCCCGGCGCUGAAGAAUGCGGAGGUGAUCUGCACAGUUCCCUGCCGCUCCAUGCUCACACCCAGCUACUACCACAGCUUCGGCAUGACGGACAACUACUUCAUCUUCAUCGAGCAGCCUUUGAAACUGGACAUCCUCAGGAUGGCCACUGCCUACAUGAGGGGAGUCAACUGGGCAAGCUGCAUUAAGUUCUGUCCCGAGGAAAAUACUCUAAUCCACCUGAUAGACAGAAAGACCGGCAAAGAGGUCGAGACAAAGUACUACGCUGGGGCAAUGGUUGUCUACCAUCACGUGAAUGCUUUCGAGGACGACGGUCAUGUUAUCUUCGAUAUCAUCGCCUACAGCGACAACAGCCUUUAUGAUAUGUUCUACCUGAGCAAGCUGAAGGAAAUCAAUAAUGACUCCUACUCCAAACCAAGCUACAAACGAUUUGUACUUCCCAUCCAGUCAGACAAGGCAGUGGCAGUUGGAGAGGACCUGGUGAAACUCAAGUACACGACAGCCAGCGCUGUGAAGGAGAAAGAAGGCAAACUGAUGUGCCAGGCAGAGGUGUUACGGCAAGGUUUGGAUUUACCCAGAAUCAAUUAUGACGUCAACGGCAAAAGGCACCGCUUUGUCUACGCCAACAGUGUGGAGGACUCUGCACUGACAAAAGAGAUUGCCAAAUUUGACACAGAAACCAAGGAAAUUGUUUACUGGAGUGAGGACAACUGCCUACCGUCAGAGCCUGUGUUCGUCCCCAGACCAAAUGGAGAAUCAGAGGAUGAUGGUGUGGUCUUAGCAUCAGUUAUUAACUCCAACCCAGGCCAGUCUAGUUUCAUCCUGAUUCUUGAUGGCAGAACAUUAAAAGAAGUGGCUCGAGCAUAUGUGAAUGCUGCGCUCCAGAAGGAUAUGCAUGGAUUUUUUAUCCCACAUGGAAAUUAGUCAGUUGUGUAUUAUGUAAAAAAUGCCUUUGGAGAACUUCCAAAAACUGUCCUGUAUGACAAACACACUGAGGAACAGUGUUGUGCCUUGUGACAAAAUCAUAAUGAGGAUGUAGAUGGGUUCAUGUAUUACCUCAUCUCUGUCAAAUUAUUGUGAUUGUAUCGAAGCAUAUUUUAUCGGUAUGUUUAUAUAAAAAGAUUAUGCAGAUUUGGGAUUUUGCGUGGAUAAACUAUGUCACUUAAGCAUGUAUAUUUCACUGGUUCUGUAAUCCCCAUUUUUCUAGUGCUAUGAGAUCAAUGGUCUUGUGCUCAUCCUUUUCAUUAACAAAAUAAAACAGGUAAAGCAGUG